AUGUCGGCACUUAUAGCACUCACACUAGCCGUGAUACCGUCAUUGGUGGGGGCCACAGGCGAUAUGGUGGGCUGCUACUCCAGCGUCCCGUCGUCCUGGGUCGAUAAGGGCUCAUAUACCUGGCAGUCGUCGGAUUAUUGCUCCAGUCAAUGUAGUGGGUAUGACUUUUAUGCCAUGUCAGGCAACAAAUGCUACUGUGGCUCAUCACAGCCAUCAGGCAGCCAGAGUAACUCUUGCUCAACAACAUGCGAUGGAUAUCCAUCGGAUAUGUGUGGAGGAACAAACGCGUACAACGUUUAUGCGCAGGAAGGUGUGACUGUAUCAUCCGCAAAUUCAGACGACUCAGGCUCAAGUUCGACCGAAGAUUCGACUUCUGCCGCCGGCACCUCGUCAACAGCAGCAGCAUCAAGCAGUCAGACGAAUGCUGGUGCGACAACCUCGGCUGCAGGCACGAGUUCGGACUCAGAAAGCUCUUCCGAGACCUCAUCUACAAAUUCCGACUCUGCAAACCCUACAACGAGCUCAAAGUCUAGUGCAACUGUUGAAACAACCGUUUUGAACAGUAGCACGAUUGUCACAUCUGUGGUGACAGUCACGUCGAAGACGUCGUCUCCUAAAUCGACGGACACGUCAUCAUCUUCGUCAGCCACAUCGUCAGCCACAGCUUCAUCCACACCAGAGAGCAAAAAAAGCUCUUCUGGGUCAAAUACAGGUGCAAUAGCCGGUGGAGUCGUUGGCGGAGUCGUGGGUCUAGGCCUAAUUGCGGCUGGAUUGUUCUUCUUCAUCUGGAGAAAGAGGAGAAACGAUGAUUACGAGUCUGGCGACAACACAAGCAACGGAAUAGUUGAUGAUGUGGCUUACGAGGAGGCCCUUAAGUCGAGCACGAAUCCAUUUGCCUCUGAGCAGGAUGAUACGGCAAACAGAGUGAUGCUGGGAAGGCGGAGAUUGAGUGAUGGAUCUCUUGCAGAUGCUGCCGAUUACAACCGAAAAGUUCUAAGAGUCGCAAAUCCUGAUGAUGAUAUUCCUGAGAACAACACCACGGGCAAGUUCUGA